GCUAAUAUUUAUUCUGUCACAAACAUGGUGACAAACGGCAGGUUAAAAUCAAUUAUUUCAUAGAUUACUUUUUUUAGUAAUGCCUACCUAAUACACUAGAAAGCAUUUUAAAUAAAAUGCCGCGAAUUGGAGCCCUAUUUAAAUUCAGUGCGAUAUUUCAAAAACAGGAAACGACUUGGAGACCCGGCCAGGACGCAAAUGACGACAUAGAGGACUAUGACGAACAAGAACUAGAAGAAAUUCGGAAAAUUCGAGAGGCCCAAAAGGCUGCUAAACAAGAGUCCAUUAUUUAUUACGAUGGAGCAGUGAGACAAUAUGCUGCUGGACUGGCAGGUGGAAUUGGCGCGCUGUCAGCAGGAUCAAAUUUGGGUUGGUCGGCUCCAAUAAUGGUGAAACUAGAUGCUCAUUAUGGAGGUUACAGUUUCCCAAUGACGAAGGCUCAGGGAUAUUGGAUGGCUGCAGUGAUAGCUCUCGGAGCCGCCUGCGCAUGCUACCCGAUAGGUUUCGUUAUGGAUGCUAUAGGUCGUAAAAAGACAUUGUUGAGUCUCACCGUGCCAUUCCUAGUAGGUUGGGUAUUUGUUACCAGCGCGAAUAGUGUAAGAACGCUGCUUAUUGGCAGGUUUAUCACGGGGUUAGGCGGAGGAGGCUUAAGCGUUACAGGGCCUGUCUACGCCAGUGAAGUUUCUCAGAAAAAGAUGAGAGGAUCUAUGGGAAGUCUCUUCCAAUUGUUGCUGAGUAUGGGAAUUCUUAUAUCAGUUUCUGUACGCGGGCGUGCGAAUAUCUUCGUCUUUAACUGUUUGUGCACUUGCAUACCGUUAUUAUUUUGUAGCAUUUUUAUCUUUAUGCCCGAAAGCCCCAAGUACUUAGUUAUGAAGGGCAGAUACGCAGAUGCAAGAGCAGCUUUAGUUAAACUUCGCAGCUCGAAGCACGAUGUUGAUGCGGAACUAAACGACAUUAUAGAGAAGCAGUAUACUAUGAGGAAAAAAAUAGCAAAACAUCCAACUUUCUGCAGCCGUCUAAUGCACAAACCAGCUCGUAGGACUAUGCUCAUAUGCUUUACACUGAUGCUCUUCCAGCAGCUCGCAGGCUUCGGCAUCGUGGUUAUAAGCGCGCCACGGGUGUUUAAAUUAGUAGGCUUUCCACUGCCUUGGACCAUUACGACGCUCAUUCUGGUCUUUAAUCAUUUGUUGGCAACGCUUUUGUUCACUUUGGUCAUCGAUCACGUUGGCAGACGUUUUCUUUUGCUUCUCUCUGCGAGUUUGAUGUGUACUUGUGGCACUAUUAUAGGAACAAUCUUUUGGCUGCAGGAAGUCUUAGACAUUCAAAAUACUGUUUUUAAGUACGUCACGUUUUUGCCUGUUAUUUGUACUUUCGUGUUUGUUUAUGCAUAUGCUUUAGGUUUUGGUUCGGUCCCAUGGCUAAUGGCCAGUGAGCUGUGUCGGAUGGAUAUCAAAGCCUUCGUGAUGGCUACGGCUGCCACCAUAUCUUGGUUCCUUGUAUUCGUUUCAAAUAACACAGUUUUCAGGCUGAUCCGCAUAAUAGCGAUAUAUCAAAUGUUUUGGAUAUACGCCAGUUUUCAAUUUACUGCAUUCUUCUUUGUAUAUUUCGUUGUCCCUGAAACUAAAGACUUGAGCAUAUAUGAUGUUCAGCAUCUUUUACGCCUUCCACUUGGACACGUACAGACUCGGAAAGGACCAAAAUGGUCUGUGACGGUACGUCAGAAACAUUAAGGAGCGUCAAGUCAUAGCAGAUGGCACCCAGUAACGGCGCCGCUCCAACCUAGCUAUAGACUGACUGACAAACCACUGCGCGCCGUUGGCUUUUCCAAAGCAAAAAACCCUGUGCCGUUACUGAGUGCCAUGACUUUAAGGCAUUCUUUUUUUGUCAGUCAAGUCCAUUCGUUGGUGCUCCGUAAUUGUACAACUGUGUAAUCUUCCAUACAAGUACCUACUCUUACAUAGUUACCUACUUAAGUACCUUCCUAUCAACUGAUCUUACUAAAUUAUAAAUGCGAAAGUUCGUUGUUUGUGUGUAGAUUUGUUUGUUACUCAAUUGCGUCAAAAUGGCUGAAGGGAUCGGGAUGGAAAUUGGAACAGGGGUAGAUUAUGGUCUAGAAUAACACAUAGGUAGACUUUUUAGCGCACGGGAGCGCGAACGAAGCCGCUUGCAGAAGUUAGUAAAAA